AUGUCAACAACACUUUUUGCAAAAAAGUUCUUUGGAGUGAACGAAAGCACUUGGUCUCUUAUUUUAUUUCAGUACAAACACUGGUUAAAGCCUAGCGAAACUGAGAUAAAAUUAUCCCUAGCGCACAAGGAGUCAUACUAUUACAUUGAUAUUAUCAAUAAAAAUUUGGAAGAAUCUCUGCUAAAAGUUGGUCUGGAAGAUAGUUUUAUAUUUCAACAGGUGCAACCGAAACACAUUCAAAACUGCUGCUUUCUUCCGUACUUCACCAAACUACUGGAUUGGCCAGCACAAUCACCGGAUUUGAAUCCGAUUGAAAAGUGGUCUAUUUUAGAUCAAAAGUUGAAAAGGCGAAAAUUUAUAAAGUAUUUAUUAUUACGAUACGCUGACGCGGACAAUCAAAGAAACUUGACGCCUUAUGGGCAACCGUAUACAAUACUGUCCGACGUCAACUUAAAUGAAAGGAAGAAGAAAUACGCAUACACGCAAACAGACGAAUAUUUGAAAUUACCUAUUCCGGUAUCGCGAAUCGGUCAAGGCUGGUCGUCCCCAAAAACCACCACGACGCACUACUCGCGUAUCGCUCAAAACAUCAGGACAGCGGAGGGUCGUGCACAAGAAUCUCAAGAACAGCGUGACGAACGUCUGCGACAGACUAUUGCGAGAACAAGAGCGGCACGAGAACAAAACAUAGCUACAGCACGAGCACAAGAACGACAGAGGCAGCGGACCAGCCGCUCAUUAACACGUGCAUCAUUUGUUCGUCUUGCUUUCGAAUAUGCACCAAAUAUUAACUACUCUGCGCAUUCAAAAAUUGCUAUCGGUGCAAUGGAUAAAGUAUGUCAAUAUUGUCAGGCAUUGAAAUUUCAGAAUGAAACACCCGGCAUGUGCUGCGCAUCAGGAAAAGUUGUGCUGUCAUCUCUUCCUACUCCGCCGGAACCUUUAUUAUCCCUUCUUGCUGGCGAUUCAGAUGAUUCAAAAUUAUUUUUGCGUAAGAUACGCAAAUUUAAUUCUUGCUUCCAAAUGACGUCAUUUGGGGCAACUAAAAUUUGCGAUCUCGCAUCCGAUGGACGUAAUUUUGAAACUACAUUCAAAAUACAAGGCCAGGUGUACCAUAAAAUCGGGUCAUUGAUGCCAAUGCCUGAUAAUGAUCCGAAAUUUCUUCAAAUUUAUUUUAUGGGCAAUUGUGAAGAGCGCGUGACAACUCGGUGCCAGUAUAAUUUCAUUGAACAAGCAGAGGAAAGAGCAAUUGUGAUAUUGCUGGAAAAUUUUUUAGAAGAUCAGAAUCAACUAAUUCAAUUGAUUAAAAGAGUUUCGCCACGAUUGCAAAAUGACAACUAUCAAAUCGUCAUAAAAGCCGACAAAGUCCCAUUAGGUGAACAUGCUGGCAGAUUCAACGCUCCAACUCUUGAUGAGGUUGCUGUUAUUAUGGUUGGUGAUCCAGUUGACAAAAGAGCUAUAAAAAUUACACGGCGAGACAACACUGUUAGUACGAUUUCGGAUCUACACCGUUCAUAUGACGCACUGCAAUAUCCAUUAAUAUUUUGGCAAGGACAGGAUGAAUAUCACCUUAACAUCAAACAGUGUGAUCCAAAUACCGGUGCUCAAAGAGAUAAAAAAGUUAGUUCAAUGAACUACUACGCACACCGAUUGAUGAUUAGACAUAAUCAGGACAACUACAUCCAUCGAUAUCGUCAGCUAUUCCAUCAAUACAUUGUUGAUAUGUAUGCUAAGGUUGAAAGCGAACGCUUGCGAUUCAUUCGAUACAACCAGACUAAAUUACGAUCGGAAGAAUACAUUCACUUACGAGAUACUGUUGUUGGAAACAUCGACGGAAAUUUAAACCCCAAUGACAUCGGUAAUGCUUUCAUUUUACCUUCAAGCUACAUCGGCAGUCCACGGAACAUGCAGGAAUACAUACAAGAUGCGAUGACUUACGUACGUCAUUACGGCCGACCAGAUUUGUUUAUAACAUUCACAUGCAAUCCGAAUUGGAAAGAGAUACAAACUUUACUAUUAUCAGGACAAAAAGUAAUUCAUCGUCAUGAUAUAACUGCACAUAAAAUCCGUCCAGAAGAAAUUGAUCAAAUAAUUUCAGCUGAAAUUCCAGACCGAUCAAUUGAUCAAGAAUUAUUUGAUAUUGUUACCAAACACAUGAUCCACGGGCCGUGCGGUGCUUUUAACAUGACAUUACCAUGCAUGGAAAAUGGAAAAUGUAAGAAAAAUUUCCCAAAGCCGCAUACGAAUGACACUAUCACGGAUAUUGACGGUUAUCCAAUGUAUCGACGCAGAAAUACUGAGAAUGGUGGCCACACAUUCACGAUGCGACUGCCGAAUUCUACAAAUCAAGUAGAAUUUGAUAAUCGGUGGGUGGUACCAUACUCACCAUUACUUUCAAAAACUUAUGAGGCUCAUAUCAAUGUCGAGCUUUGCAGUUCUGUAAAAUCAAUUAAGUACAUUUGUAAAUAUGUAAAUAAAGGCAGUGAUUUGGCCAUGUUUGGAGUACAAAAUGUAAAUGAAAAUGACGAAAUUACACGAUACCAAAUGGGUAGAUACAUCAGCAGCAACGAAGCUAUUUGGCAUAUUCUUAGCUUUUCCAUACACGAAAGAGACCCUGCUGUCCAGCAUCUAGCAAUACAUCUUGAAAACGGUCAACGUGUAUACUUCACUGAAGAAAAUGUUCUCCAAAGAGCGCUUGAGGCUCCAAAAACGACACUAACUGAGUUUUUUACAUUGUGUCAAAGAUCUGACAUUUUUGGCCAAUUCGCAAAGACAUUGAUAUAUACUGAUGUUCCACGUUAUUUCACAUGGAACAAAUCUGGUAAAAAAUGGGUGCCACGAAAACAAGGAAAACCACAUCCUUCCGUUACAGGCAUAUUCAAAGCUAAGACAUUGGGGCGACUUUACACGGUAAAUCCAAAGCAACGUGAGUGCUUCUAUUUACGUUUAUUAUUGGUGAAUGUUCCCGGACCAACGUCUUUUGAAUUUCUGCGAACAGUCAACGGCCGAGUAUUCAAUACAUACCAAGAUGCAUGUCGUGAACUGCAAUUGCUAGAAGACGAUAACCAUUGGGACUUAACGCUUGCUGAUGCUGCGUUGACAUCAACGCCCAAUAACAUUCGUCAGCUGUUUGCAAUUAUUUUGACGACAUGUUAUCCAUCACAAGCACACACUUUGUGGGAAAAAUAUAAAAAUUGUAUGACAGAAGACAUAUUGCACCGAAUUAGACAAACAGAUCAAUGCCAAAACAUAGAUUAUACGCCUGAGAUGUAUAAUGAAGCGUUAGUGUUGAUCGAGGAUUUAUGUGUUUUAAUUUCAAAUUUACCACUUAAUCAUUAUGGUAUGCCAUCACCUGCUCGCCCAGCCGCCGACUUAGUCAAUACCGAUUUACAACGAGAAAAACAAUAUGACCAUCGUAAUUUAGCAACAAUUAUCGUGAACAGUGAGCCAUUACUGACAGCAGAACAAAAAAUUAUUUAUCGGAUUAUGCUGGGUGUUGCUGCUGAACAAGACGGUUUUUUUUUCUUGGACGCACCAGGUGGAACCGGUAAGACAUUUUUAAUAUCGUUGAUUCUUGCCAAAAUACGGUCACAACAGAAAAUCGCAUUGGCAGUCGCAUCGUCUGGCAUUGCGGCUACUUUGCUAGAUGGUGGGCGAACGGCACAUUCAACAUUCAAGCUGCCAUUGGACAUUCAUAAUAAGCCAAACGCAUUAUGUAACAUAAAAAAGAAUAGUGGAAUAGCUGCAGUGUUGCGGAAGAGUUCACUCAUAAUUUGGGAUGAGUGCACAAUGGCACACAAAUAUUCACUCGAGGCAUUGCAUAGAACUAUGCAAGAUUUAAAAGGCAAUGAUAAACUUUUCGGUGGUGCUAUCUUACUAUUAUCUGGUGAUUUCCGACAGACCUUACCGGUUAUACCUCGCUCUACUUUCGCGGAUGAGAUUAAUGCAUGUUUAAAACAAUCAUUCUUAUGGCGAAGUGUUGAAACACUUCGAUUGACUAUAAAUAUGCGCAUACAAUUGCAAAAUGAUCCAUCAGCACAAAUAUUUUCCGAACAAUUACUAGAUAUUGGGAACGGUAAAAUAGAACUGCAACCAAAUACGCAAUGCAUUAAACUGCCAGACAAUUUCUGCACUGUUCUUCACGGAAAAAAUGAAUUGAUUCAGAGUAUUUUCCCGGAUAUACAGAGUAAUUACUUGAAUCAUAACUGGCUCAGUGAUCGGGCUAUUUUGGCAGCCAAAAAUGUUGAUGUUGACGAAAUUAACUUCCAGAUACAACAGUUGUUACCAGGCGAUCUGAUGUCUUUUAAAUCAAUCGAUACUGUUGUUGAUGAAAAUGAAAGUGUAAAUUUUCCAAUUGAAUUUUUGAAUUCACUGGAUAUACCUGGAAUGCCACCACAUAAUCUUCGAUUAAAGAUUGGUUCACCUAUCAUUCUUUUGCGUAAUUUGAAUCCACCUCGAUUAUGCAACGGUACGCGUUUGGUCAUCAAAAAAAUCACCGGAAAUAUUCUUGAAGCAACCAUUUUAACUGGAAAGUUUAAAGGAGAAGUGGUCCUGUUGCCACGUAUUCCAAUGAUACCGUCAGAUUCUACGAUACCCUUCAGAAGGCUACAGUUUCCAAUUCGUUUAGCUUUUGCCAUGUCCAUAAAUAAGUCUCAAGGUCAAACAAUGUCCAUUUGUGGUUUAGAUUUGGAAAAUCCAUGUUUUUCUCAUGGGCAACUAUAUGUUGCAUGUUCACGUGUAGAAAAACCGUCGAAUCUAUUUGUGUUAGCUAAAGACAGGUUAACCAAAAAUAUUGUGCACCGAUUAGUGCUAAAUUGA